AUGUCCAAACGCACCUGGUCAGCCUCCAACCCCGCUCCGCCUUCCUCCGGCAACACCUCUCAAACCUUCGUACCGCCGGACGACUGGUCCUCUCACCCCUACGCAUCCGCAUACCAAAACCUCUCGACCCCGCAGAACCCCUCCCCGCUUCACCAGUCGGUCCAUCCACCAGCCUUCGACCCUUAUGCGCCCGGAUCGAGCGACAAGCGGGCAAAAGUAGCGGGCUCGGGGCUGGAUGGGAGCUCGGAUGGGGACGAGGCGGAAGAUGGGGAAGAGGACGAUGAGGAUGAGGAGGACGAAGAGGGGCAGGGUGGGGCGGGAGGGAAGAAGGAUGGGGCGGGUGGGAAGAAGAAGGGGAAGGAUGGGAAGGUCAAGGCUAAGUUGACGAGGGGGUCCAAGGCGUGUAUAGCGUGUCGCAAGAUCAAGAUGAGAUGUAUACCGGAUGCGACGUCUGGUCCGGGUGGUCCUUGCAAGCGGUGCAAAUCAGGCGGACACGAGUGCAUCUUUGAAGAAUCCAACCGCGGCAAGCGGAGCACGCGGAAGAAUGAAGCGCUAGCGGCUCGAAUGGCCAAGAUGGAAGCUGCCUUGAAGGGCAUCGGAUCCGCGCUUAGCGCAAUCGACCAACCCUCCCUAAACUCCUUCUCCACCGCCCUCCACGGCACCGUGACCGAGCCCGACACCAUCAACCUCAUCACCUCCUACACCUCCCCCGCGACCAUCCCGACCCUCGCUGUCGCGAUGAACCGCGCCUUUAUCCACGCCGACACCUUUGUCCAAGGCUACAAUGGCGAAUCAUCCGGUAACGGCGCUAUGUCACAUAUGGCCCACUCCCAACUCUCCCCCAGGCUGCAUUCGCUUCCCGAUAACGUUCUGUCCCCGCUCGGUCUGCUCGCGGAGGCGAGUCUGCAAAAUACGCAGGGGAAACAGGGGCGGUAUGGACGGUCCCCGAUGGGUAUGGGACGGAAUGGGAGUAGUCAUCUGAGAGAGGGGAGUGUGAACCGGGCGAUGCUGAGUGAUGUGAGGGGCGGGGAGGUCAAGGGGGAUGAGAGCAAGGAGGGGGAGGAAGGGAAGAAGGAAGGGGAGGGGGCGGUCAGUCAGGAGAGUGGGUUGGCGAGUCAGAAUUACUUCAAGCCGGUUGGUGUGGGAGUGCACGUGGGACCGCCGGGGAACAGGUUACCCGAGCUGCUGACGAUCGUUACGCGGGAAGAGAUCAACGAUCUGUUCACGCUAUACUACGAUAAUUUGGCGGUGCACGUUCCUAUGCUCUACCGAGAGUUCCAUACACCCGAACUUGUCAUCCAGCGAUCUCAGUUCCUCUGUACCGUUAUCUGCGCCAUUGCCGCUCGGCACUAUACCAAAAAGCCCGAGCUGCACACUUCGCUCUCGUCCUACGCCAAGCGCCUGGCGUUCGAGGUACCUAGCAGAGGAUACAAGUCUGUGGAGGUCGUGCAGGCGUAUUUGCUGCUCAGUCUCUGGACGCUCGGGCCGGAGAAGACGUUUGAGCAGGAUCGGACAUGGAUGAUGCUGGGUAUGGCUAUCCGGAUGGCGACCGAUCUCAACCUGCACCGGAAGAGCGUGCCGUGCGAUAUUGACACAGAAGAAGGCCGAGCGAGGGAUCUCGAGAUCAUCAAUAGAGAACGUACCUGGAUCCACUGUUUCAUCUUGGACCGGUCCAUCUCUGCCCAAAUGGGCAAACCCUACACUGUCCGAGAAGACUAUAUCAUCCGGAAAACGUGCGAAGGGCAGUGGCACAAUCAACGAUUCUCGCUGUCGAGUGAUAAACCCGUAGCGGGGUAUGUGUACCUGCAGAGUAUUAUGAGUCGGGCGAUCGAUAGUAUUUACAGUAGUACGACGACUAUUAAUGGGCUGAGGACAGAUGCGGAUUAUAUGAUGAUUGUUCGAUCGGCGCAUGAGGAGCUGAGGCGAUGGAUGGUCGAGUGGAACACUCCGCGGAGUGAGAUGGACCUUCCGGCGCACUUUGAAUGGGACUCCCGCGCCCAGUUCUACUACUCGUAUCACUCGCUCGUGCUGUACUCGUUCGGUCUCGAGAACGCCUUGGAGCGCUCCCGGAUGGACAUCUCGUUCUUCCUCAAUAACGUGUACGAGGCGGCUACGCGGGUGUGCACGAUCGUUAAGGAUGCGUUUGUCCCCUCGGGGUACUUGCGUUAUGUCCCGGACACCAACUUUGUGAUGUGUUCUUACGCUCUGCUAUCGCUAUUGAAGCUCCUAAAGCCCGAGUUGAGGACGUAUCAUGACUCCGAAGAAGCUAUUUUCAAGCUCGUCACGGAAAUGGCAGACAACCUCGAAGCAUGCGCCACUGACCCCUCACACCAACCCGCCAUCUACUCGGCCUUCAUCCGCGAGAUUGUGCGCAAGACGAAAGAGGCCCGAAAUCCGCCUCCGCCGUCCGCGCACCCGUCCCGACCCGGAUCACCGGGCAUGAACGGCACGAUUGACCCGGCGCUCACGAAAGGCUCUGGGCCGGGCGUGGGGCAUCACGAUGUGGAGGGGAUGGAAGGGCUCGAUCCGGCGCUUUUGGAUGUGGCGAAUUGGGGACAGCACGGGGAUGAGCCUGGGCAUUUUACGUUUAUCCCUCAAGGUGGUGAUAUGAUGAUAUUACCUUCGGCAGCUGGACCCUCUGAAUCAAUAGCCAACUCCCCUUCGGCCGCAUAUCUCUCCCACUUUACAAACAAUCUCCCCUCGUCAGCUUACACCCCCCACUCUACCGGGAACGGGAACGCAAACGGGCUCGGCGGCGGUGGCGGCCCCAGCGGACCCGGCGCGCCCCCGCCGACCAACAAUACGUCCGGCUGGGCAGAGUACCUGCCCACAUUCAUGUCGAGCGAUGGGUUUGAUGGGUGGGAUGGAAGCAUGCUGUUGCCUGGGUUCGGGAGGGGGCAGAUCACGCUCAGUGGGGGGUUGUUGCAUUCUCAGUUUGGGAGUGGGAUCAUUACGCCGGCACAGCAUACGCCUUCGCAGUCCCGUGCGGGAAGUAGGCAGGCGAGUCGGGCGACAUCCCCGGCGAGUUGA